AUGGCGUCAAACAAAGGAGUGUCAGUCGAGAUUUUGACAAAACUAAAAGCAGAUUUCACUUCAGACAAGAAAAAUCUCUUGGCGCAGAAUGUUUGCAGUAAAUACGAUACUUUAGAUGUGUGUUUGAGCCGCCGUGCCGUUGAAGGAAACCACCAUAUAUACAAUUGCAAGGUUUGAAAUAUUGAUCGAUUUAUCUUUAAAUAUAUAUAAAAGUGAAAUUAAAAGUAAAAUUUUAUUAUUAAAAAUCAUAAAAUAGUAUUUACUGUAGUGUACACGUUGUUGCAUUAUACAUAAAACGUAUAAUGAUGUCAUUGUAUUGCACUGUUUUUGUACGUGGCUAAUUGGAUUAUUUGUAAUCUUUGUUGUUGGUAGAAUCAUAAAUGGUAGCUUUUUGUGAGACAUGGACUAAUAGUUUGCCAAACCCAAUGCUACCAUUUGCAUUUGCAAGCAACAGUUUAGAUAAACCUCUGAAUAUAAGCAACCCAGAAUAUAAGCCCCCUCUGUAUAAGCCCACCAUAUUCACUAACGCUCAGGCCAUUCUAAAUAUAAGCCUCCCCCCGAAUAUAAGCCCCUCUGUGUACUAGCUCAUGGGCUUAUUAUUGGACAGGUAUUUAUUAAGGCAGCGAUGGGGAUUCCAACAGCUCAGACAAGUGACAAUAAUUACAUACAGUACCGGUACUUAUUAUAAUAUGUUAAGCAACUUGUUUUAUUAUGUGUUAUAUACUGUAUGUUCAGUGCCGCCGCCAGCUUGAUAAUUGGGGGACGAAUAUUCAUAUCUUUGUGUUCUGCAUUAUUAACUUCUUUUGAAAUCGAUUGUUUUUAUGGUCUGUGAACACAAAUAUAUGAAUAUUUGCCCCCCCCCCAAUUAUCUAGCUGGCGGUGCCACUGUGUAUGUUUAUAUUUCUUUUCGUUCACAGUAUAGUUUGCAGGUGAACAAAUAUAAGCGCAGGGCUUAUAUUCGGAGGUUUAAUGGUAUUUUGACUACCAAAAUUAUGUGACUAUAAAGAUUUCACACUUGUACAGACAUUGUAUUUACAGUAACAUUCAGUGUAAAAUCAAUUUAAAGAAAAAUUCUAUAUUUGAUAUAAAACCUUGCUUGAUACACUUAUUAACCAAUUAACAACAUGGGCAGGGCCUACAAACGUGCAUAAAAAUAAUAGCACAUGUGUAUGUAAAAUGUGAACAAAUGUGCAAAAACAUUUGCAGUUGACGGUUGCUUACAAAUGGUAGUAAGGUCUAGCACAUUCCCCUUAACUAGUAAAAUCAUCUGGCAUUAGACAGAGUUGACUAGGCAAGCACCACAAAUCUAUACUUUUGCAACAAUCUAAUUUAAGGUCAACCCUGAAGUAAAACCAGUCACAAAUCAGAAAUCGUCUGGCCGAUGCUGGAUUUUUGCCAUCGUCAAUGCAAUACGACAGCAGUUUGUUCAGAGCAAGAGUAUUGACAGUUUUGAAUUUAGUCAGAUGUACUUAUACUUCUGGGACAAGGUUGAACGAGCCAACUACCUCCUUGAUGUUUACGAAGAAGUGGCAAGGACGGAAGGAGCAGAUAGCAGGACAAUGAUGUUUUUGAUGACAGAUCCAUCAUGUGAUGGUGGCCAAUGGCAUAUGUUGGUUAAUUUGAUUACGAAGUAUGGUCUAAUGCCCAAGUCAGCAUGGCCAGAUGCAUAUAGUGCCACUAGUUCUCGUCGUAUGAAUUCAAUGAUUAAUACAAAG